GCCUUGGCCUUUUUCGCAGCCCGGAGCCAACUGUGCUCCGGCGGCAAGAGAUUUCAAUAAAUCCUUUGACUUCUAAUAAUUUAUUUUUCUUUCGUUUUGUCUCUUCCCAUCAUCAUCAAAGAUCCUGGUCUCCACCCUUUGCCAAUGUGUGUGUGUACAGGUUGUUCGGGAUUGACGUAGAAAAAGAAGAACCCCCCCCCUCUGUUGGAGACCCAACAACCGGCGAUUCUAACCCGAGCCCAGUUCUGAGUUCACAUUUGAAGCCCACGGCGGAGGGGGCCCGGCCGGCGAGGUUGUCGCCGUGUAAGGCGGAGUAGGAAGCUUUUACGGGGAAAAGCGAAUUGAUUGUCCCUUCUGAAGCGAUAAGGAACUGGGUUAUUUUUCAUUCGUCAAAUUAACCAGGUAAGCUCUUUGAGUUGGUAAAAUCCACCAGGGAGUGGAUGUUUGCUUCACAACUGUUACGGAUUCUCCAAACCCUUCCUCAUAAUGGAAACCAUGGAACCUGAUAACAAACCUCUGUUUUGUCAUUCAACUCUUGUCUCUAAGCUUGAUUCUAAACCAUUUGAAUACAACGACAGUGGUUUGGACGCAGGGGAGCUGGGGGGAAUCAUGAACAAGAAUCAGAAUGGGGUCUUAAAUGAUCUAAACAACUGUGAGAAUGAUGCAGUUCCUUUAGCAUCCAAAACAAAUAACAAAGAUGGAUCCUGGAAUAAGCCAGAACUUGAAUGUGCUGUGUUUUUGGAAGAUUCUGCUGGCUAUGACAAUGAAGCCAGUGAUUAUGUCAUCCCGUGCACUAUUACUCCUUGCAGAAUAGAAUUAUUUGAGGAGAAGCAUUUAAGCAGUGAAAGGAAUAAUAAUGAGAAUGAAGUUAGAAAUGAAAAUGAAUCGGAAGAUUCUGCUGCUCCAUGUACCAUUCCUUCUGGAAAAAUGGAGUUUUCUGAGAAGAACACAGAUCUAUGCACUGACAAGAAGGUUGUGCAAUGUGAACUACCAGAGCUGAUAGUUUGCUACAAUGAGAAUUCUUAUCAUGUUGUCAAGGACAUCUGCAUUGACGAGGGGCUGCAUUCUACAGACAAGAUUUCUGGUGAAAGUGAACCUGAAAAUGAUCUUUGCAUCACCCUUCCUUCCAAUGAGAACAAACAUGUUGCUAUGACAAAAGAAAGGAAGGAUAUUGAGUUGGAUAGACUUGAUGCCUCAAAGAUAUUAUCAGAAGAUCAUAACAAGGCUCAUGAAUCAGGGAUGAAAGAAAAAGUGGAAACUGAAUUGACUAGUACAGGCGCAUGUAAAAUUCUAUUGGGAAAUCAAUUCAAUGGUGAUAUUCACGGUCGAUCUCUCACUCCUGUGCAGACAGUUGAAGCAAAUUCUAAUGUGACUGACACGAUAGUGGAUGAUGUCUCAAAAGAGAAAUUUGCUAUGAGUAGCCUCCCUUUCUCAGAAAAUUUCAAUGAGCAAGAAUUGCUUAAAACCCCCAUUGAGUCUCCCGACUCUGAUCUCAAAGAAGAUGGACAGGGAUCCUUUCAGAUUCCAUGUUCUGAAGCAAAGUGUGAAAGUGGUGCCAUGGUUUCAGCUCCUGAAGAAUCAAACAAAGGCAAACCUGCCAAUGGCUUAUCUUAUGAUGGCAAAGUGGAGAAUUCAACAAUCAGUUUUGGUUUCAACUCUUCUAAAGCUCAAGCUAGUGGGAGACAUGAGAACCCUGAUGAUGUUGACCGUGAACGAACCCUCAAGAGCGACAGUGAGACUAGGCUUGAGGAUGGCAUUUCUGGGAGAUUUUCUAUUGGAAGUGAUGUCCAACAUGGUCAAGGCGAUUCAAGUUUCUCAAUGGCAGGCCCUGGAUCAGGUCUAAUCACUUUUUCAGGGUCAAUUCCAUAUUCUGGUAGUAUUUCACUCCGCUCAGAUAGCAGCACAACCAGUGCCAGAUCCUUCGCCUUCCCCAUACUACAAUCUGAAUGGAACAGCAGCCCUGUAAGAAUGGCAAAAGCUGAUAGAAGGCAAUACCGAAAGCAUAGGGGUUGGAGGCAGGGCCUUCUUUGCUGUAGAUUCUAAGUGCUUCUAGAUAAUUCACAUAGGUUCCUAGGAUACAGAUAUAUACAUCUUCAGAUUUUUACAUUAUUGUCACUGAGUAUCGUAUAUAUGCAUCCCAAUCUUUCUUUGGCCCAGUGUGUCAUGUGCAUUAGGGUCACAAUGUCAUGCUCUUGAGUUAUGGUAUGAAGCGUGCAGAUUCAGAUCUUAA